AUGCCCCGUCGUCGUCGUCGUCGUCGUCGUCGUCGUCGUCGUCGUCGUCGUCGUCGUCGUCGUCGUCGUCGUCGUCGUCGUCGUCGUCGUCGUCGUCGUCGUCGUCGUCAGCCGCCCCCCUUUCAUCCCUGCAAAAACUCCCGCGACGACUACCAGAUAUCCUACUCCCGCCACCGCGUCGCCAAUUUCUACUCUCACUAUCACCGUCCCCACCACUGA